GCAGCUGUUUACCGAGGACGCGAGUGCGGUCGUAAUUUGUCGUAUUUGUGCCGUGCGUCGUUCGCAGCUGUAGUUGUUGUCGCCUAUCGAACAUCCCCCGUCCCACGGUUCAUUCAAGAUUCGUAUCUUUUCCGACGGACAACCCUCCACCGUCUAAAACGUGACAGUUUCGUCUUUACUUUUGAGUGAUAAUAAUUAUUGUACGUCGGUGUCGUCGGUCGCGUUCUUCUCAACGUUCCAAACAAGCAACGUUAUUGCGUUAUUAUUUAUUAUAAUAUUAACGCUAUCAUCAGGUCGGGCGCGGUAGGCGUGUAAGAUUUUUAAAGAAAAUUCGCGAUUAUAAGAAAAUACUCGAUCUUUCACACGUAUACUGUCUCGCGCGCACGCUCAGGCACUCGCCAACAGCAGAUAAUAAUAUUACGUCGUGAUUAAUAAUAAAAAUCUAGGUAGUGCGUGUGGUUUUUUGUUAUUAAUUUCUCGACUACUCGUCACCUCGUCAGUGUGAUACCAGGUCGUGUCGCUGUCGUUUCGCGUUUGCGUAUUCGCUUGCCCCGUGUGACGCAAUCGGCCGAGUAUUUUCUUUUCUACGUCGCCGCUGAUUCGGUUUUACGAACAUCCGUUGCCGACGAGUUAUUCUAUUUUUCUUCCAUUCCUGAUUGGAUUUCCGGCUAGACGAGACUAUCGACGACGACCAUGUCGCUGAACACUGCUCACGUCCAAGGUGGCGGUUGCCUAAUACACGCUGGCGAAUGCAUUAUUUUAUUUACUGAUGCUGUUACAAUUGACUUUCAUGGCCAGGAUGGCAGAGCAUUUCAUGGUUCAAAAGUAGGAAAACUGUUUUUAACUACUCAUCGUUUAAUUUUUAUCAACAAAUCUGACAAAGAUGAGCUUUUAUCAUUUAGUAUGCCUUUUGUUACUCUCAAAGAUGUGGAAUUGGAACAACCAGUAUUUGGUUCAAAUUAUAUAAAAGGUAAAGUACGUGCUCAACCUAAUGGAAACUGGGUUGGUGAAGCAAAAUUCAAAUUGAUAUUUAAAAAGGGAGGUGCUAUUGAUUUUGGAAGAGCCAUGUUAAGAGCUGCAUCAAUGGCUAAUAGUAACUACCCUCAAAUGGAUAAUCCACCAGCCUACGCACCACCUGAAGGUCCAUACUAUAUGGCUGAUGUUCCAUACGGUGUACCUCCUCCUGGCUACUAUGGAUGGAUGCCUUCAACUGCUGCUUUCCCAGAUGCACCACCUCCUCAAUCUGUCUAUAGAACUGAUAUGCCUCCACCAUAUCCAGGUAUUAUUGGUUUUACUGGUAAUCCAGGUUAUGCAAGCGCUCCACCUGCACAAACAGCUCCACCUCCACAACUUUUUAACGGACAAGAUGCAAAAGCAGCAGAAGCAGCACAAAGUGCAUACUUUGAUCCCAACCGACCACAAAUGGCUUAUGUCCCACCACCAUCAUACUAUGAACUUCCUCCACCUUACAAAGAAUCUGAAAAUAAGAAGAAUGAUUAAAAUUACAAAAAAAAAAAAAACAUGUUUAUGUCUACAUUCCAUUGAUUGUUUUGUAUAAUUUUAUUGUUUUUUUUUUUUUUUUUAAAGUGGUAUUGAAACAUGCAAGAUCUUUGUGAUUAUACUGUAUGAUUUCAACAGUUUAUUUAUCUUAGUCAAUAUGGGGAUAAUUACCAUCACAUUUAAUCAUACUUAAGAAAUCGCUCAUUAAUUUUUUUUUAAAAUUUUUUUUUAUAAAAUGAUGCUAGAUAACUUAACAAAACUAGUAAAAAUAUCAAAGAAAAAGUUGAAAAUGAUGUUUUAAAAUCUCAUGUGUUUCUGAGCUAGACAUUAAUUUAGUACCUAUUUAAAACAUACUUUUAGUCAUGUAAUGUCUUUAUUUGUGUAUUCCAAGUAUGUCAUCUUCAUGUUAACACAUUAUCAAUAAUUUUCAUAUUACACAAUGUCCACUAUGUGUGCUGUUAUAUUCACUAUUAAGAGAAAAUCCUACUAAUUAUUGUUUUUGUAAAUAUUUUUCAUUAAAUAUGUAUUUUUACAAAUUCUGUUGAAUAAUUUUAGAUUUCAUAGAUUUCUUACAAUAUUUUACUCUGUUGUGUAAGAGAUGUUUAUUGUAUUUUACCUAUGGGCGAUUUCUAUUAUAUCUACAUAGUUAUUUUAUUCAAAUAUUAUACUAUUUUUAUACGCUUAUUUUUGUUUCAUUUCAUUUAGUUAUAGAAAAAACAUUAUAUUCUUCAUAAUAAAAAUUAACAGAAAUAUUUUAGUUUUAUUUGACAUUGUAAAUUAUUUUCUUAUGUGAUUUUGGUGUACAAGGUUACUACCGAGCAUUAUUGCAUUAAUAAUAAUUUACCUCUUGGCUGCGGUGCUGUUGGAUUACAUAUUAAAUUCCUAAUGAGGCAACAAAUGAAGAAAUUUAUUUAAUUAAUAUUAUAAUUAUUAUAUUUUGAAAAGUUAUAUUUUAUUAUACAAUGAUAUAUAAAUAUAAUAUAUAGAAUCAAAUGUA